UACAAUGGCCACACUGAUUUGACAUAAGGCCCAUGUGCUUAAUUGUCAAACCAAUGUUGUCAAACAAUUUGUUUCGAACUUUCGUUAAACGUGAUAAAAUAUAAUUUAAACAUUAAAAUAAAAAUCAUAUAGCACCAUGGAUUGUAUAGAAUGUGGUAAAGACUCUAAGUAUAAGUGCCCAAUAUGCAGACAGCCAUAUUGUUCAGUCGCCUGCUGUAAGCUUCAUAAAAAAACUCCAUGUUCACUACCUCCACAACCACAAAUAGAUAAUAAAGAAGAGUCACCAAUGACUGAUGAUUUCCCUACAGAAGACACAGUACCGUCUGAAAAACUAAAACAAUUAGAACAAUCAACAGAAUUAAGAAAUUGUUUAAAAAACCCCCAUGUAAGGAAGAUUCUUGAAAUAUUGGACUCAUCUGCACAUCCUGACUUACUAAUAAGUGAAUAUAUGCAGGAACCAAUAUUUACAGAAUUUGUUGAUGCUUGUUUAAAUGUUGUUCAAGACAACCGUAAUGAUGGUUGAACGUCAACUAACUAAUUGAGAAGAAUGAGGUAAAACUCGCGCCAUGUAAA